ACGCCCACGCCCACAUCCCCAGAUCGACACACGAGUCCAACCAAAUCGUCACCGACGACACACGAGUCCAACCCCAACCACACCAGAGCAACAGAGAUGGAUGAGGCGAACGGCGGCGUGCUCUGCCGCGGCGGCGGCACGGCCGAGGCGGAGGCGGAGCCUGGCCGCCCCCCGCACGUCGCGAUGCUGGUGACGCCCGGGAUGGGCCACCUGAUCCCGCUGGCGGAGCUGGCCAAGCGCCUCGCCGCGCGGCACGGCGCCACGGCCACGCUCAUCACCUUCGCCUCCACCGCCUCCGCCACGCAGCGGGCUUUCCUCGCCUCCCUCCCGCCGGCCAUCACCUCCCUGUCUCUCCCUCCCGUCGACCUCUCCGACCUGCCUCCCUCCGCCGCCAUCGAGACGCUCAUGUCCGAGGAGUGCGCCCGCGCAGUCCCCGCGCUCACGGCCAUCCUCUCAGGACUGAAGAACACGACGCGGCUCGUGGCGUUCGUCGCCGACCUCUUCGGGGCCGACUCCUUCGACGCCGCGGCGGCCGCCGGCGUGGCGAGGCGGUGCCUGUUUUUUCCCACGAAUCUCCACGUGCUCACGCUCAUCCUCCACCUCCCGGAGCUGGACGCCUCCGUGCCCGGCGAGUUCCGGGACCUCGCCGAGCCCGUCAGGCUGCCCGGCUGCGUGCCCAUACCGGGGCCCGACAUCCUCUCGCCGCUCCAGGACAAGUCCGACCCCUGCUACCGCUGGAUGGUGCACCACGGCCGGCGCUACCGCGACGCCGAGGCCAUCCUCGUCAACUCCUUCGACGCCGUCGAGCCGGACGUCGCGCGGGCCCUCCGCGCCCCGGAGCCCGGCCGCCCGCCGGUGUACGCCAUCGGCCCGCUCAUAAAGACCGACGCCGCCGACGUCGACACUGACGCGCCGCGUGAGGCGUGCCUUGAGUGGCUGGACCGGCAGCCGCCCAGGUCGGUCAUCUUCGUCUCUUUCGGCUCCGGCGGCUCGCUUCCGGCGGAGCAGAUGCGGGAGCUGGCGCUGGGGCUGGAGCUGAGCGGGCAGCGGUUCCUGUGGGUGGUGCGGAGCCCGAGCGACGAGGGCGCGGUGAACGCUAACUACUACGACGCGGAGAGCAAGAGGGACCCCCUGCCCUACCUCCCACAGGGGUUCGUGGAGAGGACCAAGGAGGUGGGCCUCCUCGUUCCCUCGUGGGCCCCGCAGAUAAAGGUGCUGGCCCACGAGGCCACGGGGGGCUUCCUGGUGCACUGCGGGUGGAACUCGGUGCUGGAGAGCCUGGCGCACGGUGUGCCGAUGGUCGCCUGGCCCCUCUUCGCCGAGCAGCGGCAGAACGCCGUGGUGCUGAGCGAGGGGGUCGGCGCCGCGAUACGGGUGCCGGACACGAAGAGGAGGGAGGAGAUCGCCGCGGCGGUGAGGGAGGUGAUGGCGGGUGAGGGCAAGGGCGCCGAGGUGCGGGCCAAGGUGGCGGAGCUGCAGAAGGCGGCGGCGGAGGGCCUCCGCGAGGGCGGCGCCGCCACGACGGCGCUGGAUGAGGUGGUGCGUAAAUGGACAGGUGGUGGGGACGACUAGGUGUCGACACACCCUGCCAUCAUCAAUGGACCCGGCUCCUCCAAUAUGCUUGUACGGCUUGUUGGUUUCUUUUCGUGCUUUUCAUCGCCAUCAUUGUAGGCUGUAGCUAUUUAAGCGCCCAAAUUAUUGUUAGACAGGGCAGGUCUCACGCAUGAGAGAGAAAAAAUAUUCUUAUUUUAGAUUUGUAAUUGAAGGAAUGCACAUUGAUAUAUAAACGAAAUCAAAACUCUUUUAUUUUUUGA